AUGACACAAGAAGUUAAAAAAGGAAAAAAGAAACAAGUAGAAAAAGAAAAUCAAAAAGAAAAAAAAAAAGAAAAAAAUAUAAAAGAAAAUACAGUUGAAAAUAUUAAAGUAAAAUAUGGCUCUUCUAUAAGAUUUCCUUAUCAAAGAAUAUGGUCUCGCCCUGCCCUUAUAUUUCCAAUAUUGUUCAUAGUUUGGUAUAAUAGUAAACAGAGUAAUGAAAUUUAUUUAGCAAAACAAAAAGAAAUUUUAUUAAGUCAUACUCUAAAUAUUGAAUGUUCAAGUGAUUAUGAAGCAGAAACAAACAAAUAUCCUGAAUGUGUACCUGAAAAAUGUGCGAGAAUAGUUAUGGAUAAAUUAGUAUUAUCAACAGAAAGUGAUAUAUUAUUAAAAAUAGCAGUAAAUGGUUUGAAUUUAGGUGGUUCUGAUGGUGGUGCAAGUAUAUUAGAUCUCCAUUCUGGUGCAUUAAGUAAAGGUCAAGGUUUUAUAGAUAUUUACACAUUAUCAGAAACAAAAAAAAUAUUCAAUAGUUCUGACUUUGCAAUUUAUAAAACAAUAAAAACUAAGAUACAACAUGCAAUAGCACACAAUUUUGGAAUACCUUCAAAUAAAAUAUAUUUAACAAAACCUACAUUUUUUUCUCGAAUGACAAAUAUAUCUGCAAAAACUAUACAUGAUGAAUAUUGGCAUCCUCAUAUUGACAAAGAAACAUAUAAAUCUUUUCAUUAUACAACUUUACUUUAUUUGAAUGAUUUUGGAAGAGAUUUUGAAGGAGGCCGAUUUGUAUUUAUUGAUAAAAAUAAUGUCAAAACAAUAAUAGAACCUCGUAAAGGUAGAGUAUCUAUGUUUACUUCAGGUAGUGAAAAUUUACAUGCAGUUGAAAAAGUACAAUCAGGUACUCGUUAUGCAUUAACCAUAUCUUUUACUUGUAAUCCAGAUGCCGCUAUUUCCGAUCCAAAUUAUCGUAUAAAAUAAAAAAAAUUAUUAUAUAAAUGAAAAUUAUGUAUUCAUUUUAAUUUUAAAUAAAUAAAAUGUUUAUUUUAUUUUAACAACGAA